CAACUCGAACUUUGUUGUACGUUUGGUUGGUGUGGUCGCCAACUUUCCCCCCAUUUACGUGGUGAUGGAGCUCAUGGAACGCGGGGAUCUGAAGUCAUUUCUCAGGUCUGAAGUUGGGGGAUCUCUGACUCAAGAGAAAAUGGUGGAAAUGGCAGUUGAAGCAGCCGACGGCAUGGCUUAUCUCGCCGCAAAAAAGUUGGUACAUCGUGACCUCGCUGCUCGCAAUUGCAUGCUUGAUGAAAAUCUUACACUUAAGAUUGGAGAUUUUGGUUUUACCAGAUACCUCAGCACUGAAUACUACAGAAAACAAGGGCGAGAACUACUUCCGGUACGUUGGAUGGCACCAGAAUCACUCCAGUAUGGUCGUUAUUCAUCUCGGUCAGAUGUUUGGAGUUAUGGCGUUUUACUCUGGGAAAUUGUUACAAGGGGAGUGCUUCCUUAUCAGGGUUAUGUGAACGAAGAAGUAUGUGCUCUAGUAAUAUCUGGAAUGCGACUGGAGCGACCACAUAAUGGACCAGAAUUUAUCUUCUCUCUAAUGGUACAGUGUUGGAAGUCACAGGCCAAAGAACGGCCAACUUUUAUCCAGCUUGUAAGGCUUCUCUUAACAAGGACGUCGCCAGAAUAUUUGAGUUACUUCGAGAGGGUGUCAUUCUUUCACAGCUCUAGCUGCUGUGAUUCGGAGAGCACGGAGGAUAAUGACGAGGGCUUCAUUGCCAGUGGCUCACUGGAUCCUAGCAUUGAGGAUGAGGAGGCAAGGCAUUCUCUUUCAAAUUCCCUGCCACACUCCCUACACCACGUGGAAGACGACCAGUAUGGUACGACGACGAAAGCGGUUGGAAAAAGUGCUGUUUGCCUGACUCCUGAUGACCCCUAUAAGAGAUCAUCUUGUGCUUCUCUCUCUUGCAUAAUUGGCAGCCACACCACUAGGCAAGCCAUAACUCUCACUGACAGCAGAGAUAGGCCUCGAAAAUUGCCUCAUCUGGCAGCUUGUCAUGUUCAUUGCUGAUAUGUUCCCUUUUCUCCUACAUCUCAGCGAUCUAACAAUGAACAUGUAGCUGUAUAAAUUCUUUCUUAAGUACAGGAUAUUUUAUAUAUUUAGAUUUCCAAAAUUUAUAAUACACAUAUAUAUUCAUGCAUAACAUCGUCCGUAAACAAGUUUCGAAUAUAUGUGCUUAGUUUCAUACCAAUAUUGUUAUUAUUAAUGCUAGAAUUAUUUUUUCAAAGCUAAUCUUGUCUAUGUAAGAAGCCUUUCUAAAGGUCAAUUUGUAAUAAAGGUAGUUUAAUACUUCUUUAAUUGCAGACCUUUUUUUCGAAAUCGUGGUAUGAAUUUCUAGGAAUAUAGGGAGUACAUAUAUAUAUAUAUGUAUAUAU